GUAGUUCUGACACCAAUUCUCAAUGCGCCUGCUGAUCUCACUUAACUAAUCUUUGUUGUACAUCCAAUGUUAUAAAUAAAGCAUCAUGUGAUCGUAACAAACUUGCUUAAACAUUAACCUAACACGUAGCUGAUAUGUGAUCAGUGAUCUAAACUUCUCCCCCAAAAUUAGAAAUCCAAGCUACACACAUUCGGCACUAUCUUUGCCACAGACCUCCAUACCAUUUUAUUCUUCUCUCUGUCUCCACCACCGGACAAUGACAACGUACGGGACCAUCCCGACCGAAUCCCUGGCAUCCUUGAACCAACAUUUCGUCCCACGCGCAAAAGAACAGAUCCAAUCAGCCCUAAGCAACCGAAGACCAUGGCAGGAAAUUAUACAACUGCAAAAUCUCACCCUUCCCUCCACCUUCAACCAAUCAGUCCAUAGAAUCAAGACGAAUGUCGUCUUCUUUCGCAUGAACUACGCCAUCAUCACAUUUUCCAUCCUCUUCCUAAGCCUCCUAUGGCACCCCAUUUCGUUGAUCGUCCUCAUCGUCAUGAUGGUUGCAUGGAUCUUUCUAUUUUUCCUGCAUGACCAACCUUUGAUGAUUCUAGGGUACCGGAUCAACUUGCAAGUGGUGAUGAUGGCCCUGUUGGUGGUCACACUCGUCGCGCUUUACCUUACUAACGCGAGAUAUCAUAUCGUCGCCGGACUCUGCAUUGGCCUCGCGGUUGUUCUGGUGCAUGGAGCUCUGAGGGAGCCUGAGGAUGUCUUCGUUGUGGAUGAUGAAGGGCCAGGAUCAGGUGGAGGUGGUGCACAUGUUCACAAAGUGCCUCACAAAUAGUGAGAAUCACAAACAAGGCCUUAUUUUCUCCAUCUUUUCUUUUUCCGAAACAAAAAUGAUUUCUGCACUCCCCUUUUCUCUCUCAUCACCCCUCUCUUUUCUUUUGCUUGGAUUAACAAAAUUGAAAGAGAAUCAAGGGACAUAAACAAAGGAGAAAACAUGAGUGCUGAAAUCAUUUUCUUUAUUUUCUUUUCAUAAUUUCCUCGUUCUUUUUUUUUUUUUUUGGAAACUCGUAAUUUCCUUGUUCUUGAUGGUGAAUUAUGGGGUUCAAUGACACGUGUCUCCAGGACUCAAAAUCUGUAAUUACAUAUGUAAAUGGUGUCAUACAAUUGGAGCUGAAACUGCAAGAAACUCCACGGAGAUCAAAGGAAAAUUCAGAUUCUUCCUCUAUGAGAAUUCAACCAACUCCAACUUUUUCCCCCAUCGUCACAGUGGACUGAUGCGUCGAUAAGAAUGCACCCUUUUCCUCCAAAGUUCCAAGAUGGGAGAAGAACAUAUAUUCAAAGGUUAGGGCAGAGCGUAAAUAUGAGUUAGACCAGUUUGUUGGGGCAUUGUACCCACCUCUUUUCACCCAAGUUUGAAUGUGUCUCACAUGUAGGUUUAGAGUAGAGGAUGGGAAACAUGGUGUAUAUGUUGAUGUGUGGAUGAUUGGCUUUGGCAAGUUUCUUUUGGAAUUUGGUUAAUUAUCUUGAAGCCUCUGUCAUGAUACCAAUGCAUAUCAUAAGAGAAUUGGAUGUUCAUAUUGGAAUCCUUUUCAUAUGAAAACUAAGCCCUCGUUUGAUAACUAUUUUUUUUCUUUAUGUUUUCAUCUUUUUGCUUGUAGGUUUUAAAGCAAUCUUUAACGUUAAGAAUUGGGUUUUGAGUUUUGGAGUUGUAAUGCAUUUCGCACCCUUUGGUUUGUUUGUUUGGUGGGCGGAGCCAAUAUAUUUUUUUUUUUUGGGUUUUUAGAUCCAGGUUCAAAAACAUAUAGUGUUUUUAGGAGUGAGUCCAAUUAUCUAAUUAUAUGUUUUUAUUCUUUUAUACUCAUUUUAUAUUUUCUACAA